UUGUGACCGAUUGUGGCACACAUUCGUAAGCAUUCGGAAGCAUACUCCGCAAUCUGCGGGUAACCCGUCUGUCAUAAAUAGUUACCUCGCGUUAUUUCUGAAAAUUAAUUUUAACUUCAACGAUGGAGGAGAUAGAAGUGUUACGGAAAAGAGUAAAGGAGCUGGAAAACAAAUUGCUCGAGAAACAAUGUAAAGAUACGUUAACUGCCAGAGAAAAGAUAGAACAUAUGUCAAGUGAAGUGGUUGAUUCGAAUCCUUACAGUCGGUUAAUGGCCUUAAAACGCAUGGGUAUAGUAGACAACUAUGAAAGGAUAAGAGAGUUGACAAUUGCAAUUGUUGGAGUAGGUGGAGUUGGUAGUGUAACCGCAGAAAUGCUCACAAGAUGUGGAAUUGGAAAGUUGAUUCUGUUCGAUUAUGAUAAAGUAGAAAUGGCAAACAUGAAUAGACUUUUCUUUCAACCAUACCAAGCUGGUCAAAGUAAAGUGGAGGCAGCUGCAAAAACACUGAAGGAUAUCAAUCCUGAUGUAGACAUUGAAACACACAAUUAUAAUAUCACUACAGUGGAUCAUUUUGAUCAUUUCAUGAACACCAUAAGUAUAUCGAGUUUAAAUAAGGGACCUGUGGAUUUAGUGUUAAGUUGUGUGGAUAAUUUUGAAGCACGGAUGGCAAUUAAUACCGCCUGCAAUGAGCUAAAUCAGAAAUGGUUUGAAAGUGGAGUCUCUGAAAAUGCUGUUUCCGGUCAUAUUCAAUUUAUUAUUCCUGGAGAAACAGCUUGCUUUGCGUGUGCUCCUCCAUUAGUAGUGGCAGAAAAUAUAGAUGAAAAAACUUUAAAACGAGACGGUGUAUGCGCGGCAUCUUUGCCAACAACCAUGGGAAUUGUAGCUGGUUUUUUAGUCCAAAAUGCUCUGAAAUAUCUUCUAAAUUUUGGCGAUGUAUCCUAUUACUUGGGCUACAAUGCUAUGCAAGAUUUCUUUCCUAAAAUGAUAUUGAGACCAAAUCCAAACUGUGAGGACAGAUAUUGUAGGGAACGUCAGCAAGAAUACGCGGCAAAACCAAAACCCCAGGAAAAAGUAGAAGAAAUCGUUGAAGAUAAACCUUUGCACGAGGAUAAUGAAUGGGGAAUAUCGCUCGUUGACGAGCAAGAUCAAGAUGAAAUGGAACAUCCACCAUUAACGGAUGUGAAGGGAUCCUAUAGUGUACCAUCUCAUUCGGUCGAUUUGAAUCAAAUAUCCGAAUCUGGUCCUAGCUUAGAAGAGCUUAUGGCAGAAAUGAAAUCUAUUUGAUUUUCA